GGCGGCCGCCCCAUGGAGUGUUACUACAUUGUCAUCAGCUCCGCGCACCUCAGCAAUGGGCACUUUCGCAACAUCAAGGGAGUUUUCCGCGGUCCCCUCAGCAAGAACGGGAACAAAACUCUGGAUUAUGCUGAAAAAGAGAACACUAUAGCAAAAGCCCUGGAAGAUCUUAAGGCCAACUUCUACUGUGAACUCUGUGACAAACAGUAUUAUAAACACCAGGAGUUUGACAAUCACAUUAACUCAUAUGACCACGCCCACAAACAGAGGCUCAAGGAACUGAAACACAGGGAGUUUGCUCGAAAUGUAGCUUCUAAGUCAAGAAAAGAUGAAAGGAAGCAGGAAAAGGCCCUUCAACGUUUGCACAAAUUAGCUGAACUAAGGAAAGAGACAUCUUGUGCUCCUGGGAGUGGCCCCAUGUUCAAGUCCACUACCGUUACAGUGAGAGAUAAUUGUAAUGAAAUCUCACAAAAUGUUGUCAUAGACUCUUCUAACAAACAACAAGAUUUCAAUUCCACAUUAAUGCACAAGGCACAGAAUACUAAAGAUAUUGCUUCUCUUGCUUCUUCCACUUCUGAAAGUACAAGCAGUAAUAAAUCUGACACUAACAAACUUGGGAAUCAAAUACAUGGAGCUCAAGGACACAAAGUUGGAUUCUCUUUUGCUUUUCCAAAGAAAGCUUCUGUCAAACUGGAGUCCUCAGCAGCUGUUUUCUAUGAGUAUAAUGAUGAAACAACUUUUGAACAUGGAGUUAGCAGAAGAAGUAGAUUUGUUCCAGGUUCCUGUAAUCUUCAGUCUCCAUCCACAACAGAAAUGGUUCUGUGCUCUGAGGAGAAACAUAAUGAUAUUCACUCACUAAUGGAAAAAUGUACUGACACAGCAGAAGCUGCAGAAUUUCAGGAACCAAAAGAACUAGCCAGUAAUGAAAACACAAUACUCGAGAAUACAGAAAUGCUGCCUGCUUUUUCUCAUUUGGAACAACCUAUGUAUUCUGUUUUGAAUGGCUACUGCACUGACAUAAAUUCAACAGCAUUCCCAGAUACAACUCCACCCACAGCUACCAUCUAUAAUCAAGAACUACCCAUAGAAUGUAACACUUCUGAACUACUGGGAAACAAAUCCACAGCUUUUGCUGUCACAGAGGAUAAUUUGUCUUUGCAUGAUAUCACUGAGGAAAAUAAGGAAGGUAUUAAUAGUAAUUCCUCCAAGGCUGAAAAUGAAAUUAAAAAACUUGGAUCCAAUGUACUAAUUUCAUCAAAUUAUGAAGGGAGCAAUGCAGCCUUGCAAAAUAAAUCAGAUUCAUAUAAAAGAUCUUGUGAACCAUUUGUUCCGGUCCUUAGUAAACAUGGAUCUACUAUUCUUCAGUGGCCAUCUGAAAUGUUAAUUUACACCAAUACAGAACCAUCAGUUUCCUACAGUUGCAAUCCUUUAUAUUUUGACUUCAAGUCAUCAAAAUCAACUAACAGUCUAGAGAAGAGUAAACAUGAGUUAAAUGUACCUCACUCUCACCACAAGACUGAGUCUGACCGGAGUCUAGUUUGGGAUUAUGCUGAUAAAUCUAUUUCAGAGUUAGCUGACUGUGAAACAGACAUGUGUAAAAAUGUGUGCAAUCAUGCAUCAUCAAUUAAAACUGAUGGUGUUUUAACUAAAAGCUGUGAUUCUGAAAAACAAGUUAAAUUGUGCUUAGACAACUCUUUCAGAAUUGGAGAAACAGAAAAGUACCACAUUUCAAGAAGAAAUUCACGACAGGAUACUGUGAUAGAUGAGGGACAGAAUAAAGGAUGGAUCAAAGAAACUUGUGAAAAAUGGUUUCGCAAAAACAGGAAAAGAAAAGGGAGGAGAAAACUGUGUCAUCAUCAUCAUGGGAAAACUGGAAAGGCAGGAGGUGAAAUUUCUUUAACAGCUGGACAGGAAAUUAAUUAUCUUAAUGAAAAUAAACUUCAGCCUCUUCAAAAUGCUCCAAACAUGUGCAAGUCUGAAAUUAGCAGCAUGUGGUUAGCUUCAGAGGAAAUGCAACAGUCAUGUCAAAAACCUGGCAUUGAAAACAGUGAUCAUAAAAGAGUUAUGUUCACAGCAGCACACAUACAUGAGCAUAGGGGCACAUGUGCUAUUUGGAACACAACAAAUAGCAAUGACCACUGCACGAAUUUUAAACCUCUCCACAGAAAAUACAAAGCAAGCUCUCACAAAUGCUCAAAAAAAUUAACUUUGAAUUCCAGAAGACAUAACUUAAUGUACUCUAGAACAUUUUGUGGUUGGAGAGUCAAAAGGUCUACAUGUAGUCCAGAUCAUAAAUGUCUGGGCCAAUAUAAUAAGGAAAAAUGUACAAGUCAAAGCCAGUCUAUAAAGAGAGCUUAUAACUUUCUGACUGAUGAACCUGAACGAUCCCAUAGAAAACGAAGACAACAUACAUAUUCUUGUUCAUCAGAUGAAAGUUCAUAUAAACAGACAUUUUUAUCACAAGAAUGUUUAAAUCAAAUGAGUAAUCUAACUGUACCAUGUAAACCUAAAGGGAAACGGAGAAGGAAAAAAAAUAGAAUUCAUCAUGCGUUUGUUGACAGGGAACUAAAAAGAAAUGAAAAUUAUAGGCCUUUGAAAGACAGUUCUACAGUAAAUAUUUUGGGGGAAUUGUUAAUUCAAGAUAAUACAGAACAAACAAAAUCUCAGCCCAUUAUGGAUUAUGCAAAAGAUAAGGACCAAAUAAUGCAGUUGGGAGAAAACAAGUUGCCUCUACAAGCUGAUAGUUUGCAUUCAGUAGAAAAAGACAAAUCAACAGAGUGUUUGCGGAUGGAGAGCACUCCAAAUGCAUUUUUGGAGGAUGCCACACAUUCUGCUUCUUCUGUUUCUGACCAUAGUGUUCAAACAACUGCAACACCAGAAAACAAGCUGGAAGAAGAAAAGAAACAUGAAAAUAUAACUGUUCAUGAAACUCAAGUUCCAUAUAAAGUGCCCAAUAUUGACAGAAAUUUGGAACAAACUCCUCCUAAAUCUUAUCUAUGCCACUAUGAAGUAGCUGAGACUGUACCACAAGAGAAAAUAAAUGAAACAACCAGUGAAUGGUUACGGUACAAUUCAGGCAUUUUUAACAGCCCACCACCUUUGCCAUUCAAAGAAGCACACAUAAACAGUCAUACCUUUUUAGCCACUGAACAGAUACUUACCCCAUUCACAUUACCUGAUCAGACAUUGAUAUUUCCCCAAGAAAACCAUGAGAAAUUUAAAGAUCUGCAAUGUGAGGCCUAUCAGCAGAUCAUGCAGCAAAACAUGCUGGCUAACAAGAUGAAAUUUACCUUUCCUUCCCCUGCAAUUCAACCUUCUAACUCUCCUCUGCAGCCAUUACCCUUGCAGCAGCCACUGUGUUCUACCUCUGUAACCACAAUCCAUCAUACUGUUUUACAGCAGCAUGCUGCUGCUGCUGCCGCAGCUGCAAAUACCUUUAAAGUUCUUCAACCUCACCAACAGUUCCUGUCACAAGUCCCAGCUCUUUCAAGAACACCUGUACCUCAUCUAUCAGUUGGACCUCGACUUUGUCCAGGAGGCCACACAACUUUUAUUGCUCCCCCACAUUUGCCACUAAUUCCAACUUCAGUUCUUCAUCCGAGUCACCUGGCUUUUCCUCCUUUGCCCCAUGCUCUUUUCCCCUCAUUGCUGUCCCCACAUCCAGCUGUCAUUCCAUUACAGCCCCUCUUCUAG